AUGAUAAAUUUAAUCUCAAUCAUAUAAUUUUUCAUAUUUAAUAUUUUAGGAGCACUAAUUGCUAAAUACUAGUGUGAUUGCUCAUUAUUUGUAGAUGAAACAGUUUGUUUAGGAAUACAAACUUGUGAUUGGAUAAAUGAUCUCUGUGUUCAAAAGGAUUGUUCUAAUAUUGAUGAAAUUGAAUGUGACUUAAUGGGGAAAUGUAGUCUUAAUCCUGAAGGAAAAUGUGAAGCGACUCUAUUUUGUUAGGAGUAUUAAGUCAAAGAUCAAAUUGAUUGCAUGAUAAAAAAAGGAAAUUGUGCAGCUCAAAAUAAAACAAAUGACGCUGGAUUUUAUUAAUGUAAAAAUUAUAAUUCCGUUGAUUGUAAUUCAUUAGCAGCUGAGAAUUGCACUAAUAAUUAUGAAGACGGGCAAACGUUCUGUUGGUUAAAUUCAACUAAACAAUGUUAAAGCUAUAGCAUAAAUUCUUGUGAAGGAUUACCGUUAGAUAUCUGUAGUAAGUUAAAUUGUAAAACUUCAGAUGGUAUAUGUUCAUCAUUUAAAUGCUCUGAUAUAAUAUCUUAAGAUUAGUGCAAAUUUGUAAAAGAUGGUUAUUGGGGAGUGUUGACCCUUUGCAAUUGGAAAGAAGAUUCAAGUCCAAAAUGUAUCGAUAGAACUGAAACCAAAGAUCUCACGAAUCAAACAUGUUCAAAGUUAACAGAUGGUCGAUAUUAUUGGAAAGAUGAAUCUUGUGUAUCAUGUCCUAAAAAUUAUGAAGAUAAUUCUAAUUCCUAGGUUUAUUUAAUUCUCUAUUUAAUUUGUAUUUUGAUUGAAUUAUGA